GGCUCUAAUUAAAAUCCAGCGCACAACAGGUGAGUGUCGGAGGCCGGGGGCAAGUAGAAACCCUAAUCUAAGUCGGAAGCAGAGCUUAUUCCUCUUCUUCUUGUUCCCAGUAAUCAAAACUUCGUUGUAGCAACGGCACAGCGCAAAAGCUGACCUCUUUGGGUUCUUGGAGAGGAUAGAGGUCUUUACGAAGUUUGUUAAUCUGGUCCUUUGUCUGUUUUUAGAACAGAACUCGAGAUAUGGCAAAACGCGAGAUAUCUAGUACUCUGAAAAACUUGAAGUUUAUGCAAAGGGCAGCUCAGAGAGAGGAAAAGACUAAGAAACAAGAAGAGGAAAAGCCAAAUGAGAAUUUCUUUUCCCCUGGUGUCAUUAGGAAGUGCGUGGUAAUAAUGGAAGGGGAUCCCCAUCCAGGAGCAGCAAUGGGACGGAUGUCAUUUCAAAGUUUUAAUCCUUCUGUUGAUAAACUAAAUCAAGAAGCAGCUAACCUCUGUCGGCCUGAAGCUUCUGAUGCGCAUGCCACUGGCACCAGUGGUCAGGGUAGUACAUCCUUUAGAGAAAAUGGAUCAUCACAAGACGAAGCAGGGUGUUCAAACACUUUUAAGGAAAAAUUUAACACUGACCUUAAAAGAAAACAGACUGAAGUAGUAACUAAAUCAGAAAAUCAGAAUAAAUCACCCAAAACUGAAGGAGGCCAACAGUCAUCACCAAAUAGCUGUAAAGGCUCCGUUAGCCAACCAAAACCUGGAAAGCUCGACUGGAGUGUGCUCAGACCAAAAAGUCAACAAUCAAAAGGGAGAGGGGGUAAUAAGUAGGUCAUUUACUUAAUAAUUUAGGAUUUUUUUAUGAAAAUUAUUAUCAAGUCAUUAAAUUUGAUGUUAUAAUUGUUGCACUCCUGUUUCUGCCCCUUGCCUCUUUUCACUUGUGAAAUUUACUUGGAAAAGAAAGGGAAAAAUACUAAAGCAUUGUCAUCAUAUUAUUAUUACUCUGGUUUUAUAGUACGAGCUUUGAGA